AAUGGCACUAUAUGGCUCCAUGACAUACUUCUCACAUCAGUUGCUAUCAUACAUUUUUAACUACACAUACACUUCCCUUAACCUAUCAUUCACAAGUGAAUGACUUCGGGGGGGAGUAGUGUAAGGAUAGGUCCGAGGUGCCCACCUCGGACGUACUAAAUAAUUCUUCAACAAUCGAAGUGAAAAGUAAACCCAUCUGCAUAAUAGUUAUCGUGAACAGGCACGCACCUGAUUUCUUAUGAUAAGCUGUACAAUAGUUAUGGUGCGUACGCCCACACCUGAAUAUGUCUCAAAUUCCCGGUCCCGAGUAUCUCGCUUGGCAGGCCAACACGAGUUCUCCAUUGGAACAUAUAAAUACCCCUCAAGGGCCACCUCAGAAAGUAAUCAAAGAGAUAGCUGAGGCCUGCAAACACUAUGGCUUCUUUCAGGUUAAGAACCAUGGAGUUCCAAAAGAGGUGAUUGACAAGAUGUUGAGUAUAUCAAGGGAAUUCUUCCACUUACCGGAGAGUGAGAGGAUGAAGAAUUACUCCGAUGAUCCUAUGAAAACGACGAGACUCUCCACCAGUUUCAAUGUUAAAACUGAGAAAGUAUCCAAUUGGAGGGAUUACUUGAGACUCCAUUGCUUCCCUUUAGAGGAUUACAUUCAUGAAUGGCCAACCAACCCUCCAUCUUUCAGAGAGGAUGUUGGGAAGUACUGCAAGAGUGCUAGAGAGCUGGCUCUGAGGCUACUUGAAGCAAUAUCAGAGAGCUUAGGCCUAGAAAGGGGUUACAUCAACUCUGCCCUGGGAAAGCAUGCACAGCACUUGGCUAUCAACUUCUACCCGCCAUGCCCCCAGCCAGAGCUCACCUAUGGUCUGCCUGGUCAUGCCGAUCCAAAUGUUAUCACCAUUCUCCUUCAAGAUGAUGUGCCUGGUUUGCAGGUACUCAAAGAAGGCAAGUGGAUUGCGGUGAACCCCAUUCCUCACACCUUUAUUGUCAACCUUGGCGACCAAAUUCAGAAUAGACCUCCACCAAUUGGAUGCAAAAGCCGUGCUGGGCCGGAAAGGGGUAUUAGUUAGAGUUUGAAUUUUCUUUUUCUUGAUCAAUAUGCGGCCAGUUUCGGUUGCAACUAAAAUAUACUCCUUUUGUUUAUUUUAAUAAAAACUUAAUUUUAUU